UUUGUCUCCAGUUCAUGAACCUAUGAGUUUUGUUCACAGGGUGUAUCCUCCACGUGUGGCUGGACCUUCUGGUGUCUCUCACACCUCUAUUGUAUCUGCAACUAAUUCAACUGGCAUUCCCUCUACUGUAGUAACUACUCUUUCAGCGGAAAAUCUACAGGGUUCAUGCAAGAAACUUGACAAGGGUAAAUCUAUUGCUGUUCAUCCCAGUCAAUUACCUCCUCGCUUAGUACAUUUACUCAGUCCUGCGCUUCAAGUUAAGUAUGCUACUAUCAAUCGAGAAACAGAACUGACUUCUACUCAACAAGCCGAAAUUUUAGAAGAUUACAUUGAAAGACAACUUAGUGGGACUUUGCCCUCGGUUCAUAUGGAUUUGGAGAAGCGGCAUUCAGAGAUUUUAACCCUUAUUUCUGAAGUUCAAUGCAAUACAAUUUCUGCAAGUCCAACUACUCCACAUAUGGUUAAUGUCUUAGAUACUUCUCAUCCUAUUUCAACCAUGGUUACUGUUCCAAUUGUAGCUGCAACUGUUACUAAACCAAAGCGCCGCACUUCAAAAAAUUUGAAACAACAUGCUCCUAGAUCAACUGGUACUACUUCUGGCAGGUUCGGUAUUGCUUCUUCUGAGUCCAAACGGAAGACUAUACCUGGGUGUGAUAUAGAAGAUAUGGAUGGGAAGGUUUGUAAGGCACGAAAGGAUAACUUGGAAGGGUUAUGCUGUACCAACAGGGAGGAUAUCUGUGUUCCUUUGGCUGAUGUGGGUCGACUGCAGUUUACACAAGAGGAAGAAGAAACUGCUGCGGCUUUUCUGAGGGUGUCGGGUUCCAGCCCCAAUUGGACCCCAUACGUCCCAUGAAGCCUUUUACAGAUGAUGAAAUUAAAGAGGCAACUUUCUCUAUCCAUUACUCCAAGUCACCUGGAAUUGAUGGAUUUACUUCUGCUUUUUAUCAACAUUACUGGAGUACGAUUGGUCCAUCUAUAAUAUCUACUAUUAAGCAGUUUUUCAAUGGUGGACACAUGUUACGCAGUAUGAACCACACUAUUAUAUGUCUCAUUCCAAAGGUUCGUCAUCCUCAAUCAGUUUCUGAUUUGCGACUUAUAAGUUUAUGUACAGUAUUUUAUAAAAUCAUCUCUAAGGUGCUUACUAAUAGGUUACAAAAGGUAUUGCCUGAUCUAAUACCUCAGGUCCAGAAUGCUUUCAUUAAGGGGCGUUCUAUUUCUGAUAACAUUCUCCUAGUACAUGAGGUAUUACACUAUUUUCAGCAUCAUAAAUCUCAAAAGAACAGAUUUCUUGGUUUGAAGCUGGACAUCAGCAAGGCGUAUGACAGGAUUGAAUGGCAAUUUUUAGAGUUUAUUCUGGCAAAAUGGGGCUUUGGCCAUCAAUUCAUCAGAUGGAUAAUGCAGUGUGUUUCUACUGUGACUUUUUCCAUUCAGAUUAAUGGUGGUUGUCAUGGUUAUUUUACACCCUCUAGAGGUCUCAGGCAGGGAGAUCCCUUAUCCCCCUUGUUGUUUGUUCUCUGUUCACAGGGAUUAUCUUUUCUUAUUAAGCAGGCAUCUGAGCAACAUCUGUUCUCUGGAGUUAAAUUAAAUAGACACUGUCCUCCAAUUUCUCAUUUACUGUUUGCGGAUGACUCAAUUAUAUUUUCAUCAGCGGCUCCUCACUGUUUGCAGAGUAUUAAAUCCAUGUUACAACAAUACGGUGAUGCUACAGGUCAGUUGAUUAAUUAUUCUAAAUCUGGGGUGUUUUUUAGUGCUAAUGUGGAUAGUAGUUAUCGAAAUUAUGUUUCAACUUUCCUCACUAUCCCUAGUUUACCUGCGCGUCAGCAUUAUUUAGGCUUACCUGCUAUUUUGGGUCAAAAUAAAUCUCAUACUUUUGGAUAUUUGCUGCAUAAGAUUCAGACUCAUUUGACUCGUUGGCAAGGGAAGUUUUUGUCUCACAGUGGUAAAGAGGUUCUUUUAAAGGCUAUUAUUACAGCAAUCCCAGUAUAUACGAUGAUGUGUUUUCGCCUUCCAAAAUCAUUUUGUAAACGUAUUAAUCAGUUAAUGAUGCAGUUUUGGUGGGGGGGAACUUCUGAAUUCAAGCAUAUGGUUUGGGUUUCUUGGCGUACUAUGUGCCGAAGUAAGAAACAAGGUGGACUAGGCUUCAAGCACCUAUUUUAUUUCAAUCAAGCCUUACUAGCCAAACAAAUAUGGAGGAUCUCCCAGGAUCCAAAUUCCAUCCUAUAUCAGGUAUAUAAAGCUAAAUAUUUUAGACAAAGUGAUAUCUUACAUGCUAGUUUGGGUAGUUCUCCCUCCUGGGGAUGGCGAAGUAUGUUUUUUGGUAUACAACUUUUGAAACAGGGAUGCUUCUGGCAAAUUAAUUCUGGUCUUCAUGUCCGACCUCUUAUGGAUCCAUGGCUUUUAAAUGAUUGUCACUUUUUGCCUCGUUUACAAUCAGGUGUUUCUCCUAGUCAGGUACCCGAGUUUGUAGGAGGGUUGUUUCGUCCAUAUAGCUUACAAUGGGAUGAAGUUUUGAUCAGACAAUUAUUUAUCCCAGCAGAUGUUAGUCUUAUCUU